AUCCCCUUGUCUCGCUAUCUUGUCCAAGUGAGAGAGAUCGGAGAAGAGAGGAAGUCAGAGCCAGCAGCAGUAGCCGCCGGCGAGACGAAGAGGAAGAGGAAGAGGAAGAGAAGGAGAGAGGAUGUCUUGGCAAACGUACGUCGACGAGCAUCUGCUGUGCGAUAUCGACGGCCAGAAGCUCAAGGCCGCAGCGAUCAUCGGCCACGACGGCAGCGCCUGGGCCCAGAGCCCCUCUUUCCCCGAGUUUAAACCUGAAGAGAUUUCUGCAAUCAUGACCGACUUUGAUGUACCCGGUUCUCUUGCUCCAACUGGAUUAUUUCUUGGUGGGUUGAAGUACAUGGUUAUCCAAGGCGAGCCAGGUGCUGUUAUUCGAGGGAAGAAGGGUACUGGUGGUAUCACUGUCAAGAAAACCAAUCUCGCUUUGAUAAUCGGUAUAUACGACGAGCCGAUGACUGGUGGGCAGUGCAACAUGGUAGUCGAGAGGCUUGGUGAUUAUCUCUAUGAUCUAGGUUUUUGAACUUGGUGUUUCGGAACUUAAAUCCUGGUAUUUGCCAUAAUUCCUUGCAUGGGCUUGAACAAUCUACUUUCAUGGAGUCUGUCGUACAUUGUUUAAAAUCUGCUACUUCUGUUCAUUGGCAUGAUCUUGUUACUGGAUUUUCCUACUGCAUCUGCAUUUAGGAGUUGGCAUUUCUGUGUGAUUCAUGUGUGUAUCUUUGCCAAGGUUGAGAAAUGAACAUGGUUUAUGUAUA